GCUGGCUGACCACUAGGUGAGGGAGCCCAAGCUGUUGGCUCUAAAGAGGCCCUGCUCAGUAGGUAGUCAUGAACUGUGAGGGUCGAACAUAGCUACGCCUCCGAUGGUCUACUCUCAGUCUUCCUGAGUCCCAGGCUAUCGGGGACGAGUAGCUCUGUUCUUUGUCAAGGGUAGUUGUGACACUGGUUGGCCGCCUGCUGCUCCUGCUUCCUCUCUUUGACUCCCGAAAUCAGACUCGUCAACCUGCCAUCCACCCGAGGCUCUCAUCUACCUGGAGCAUGGGGCUUUCAAAUGUCCAGCUCUGGCCGGUGCUACUGUGGGCACUGGUGUGGGUGCAGAGCACAAGAUCUGCAUGCCCGUCCUGUGGGGGCCUAACACUGGCACCCCAAGGAGAACGCGCUCUGGUCCUAGAGCUAGCCAAGCAGCAAAUCCUGCAGGGGCUGCGCCUAACCAGCCGUCCUAGAGUAACUCGCCCUCUGCCCCGAGCAGCGCUGACCAGAGCCCUCGGCAGACUGCAGGCCAGGAGUAUGGUUCCUGGCAACCGAGAGGAAGUCAUCAGCUUUGCUACCAUCGUAGACAAGUCCACUUCAACCUACCGUUCCAUGCUCACCUUCCAGCUGUCCCCUCUUGGGUCCCAUCACCUCUACCAUGCCCGCCUCUGGCUGCAUGUGCCCCCCUCUUUUCCUGGCACUCUGUACCUGAGGAUCUUCCGUUGCGGCACCACGAGGUGCCGAGGAUCCCGCACCUUCCUAGCUGAGCACCAGACGACUUCGUCGGGCUGGCACGCCCUGACUCUGCCCUCUAGUGGCUUGCGGGGUGAGGACUCUGGAGUCGUGAGACUCCAGCUGGACUACAGACCCCUGGACCUCAACAGCACUAUUGCUGGACUGCCAAGGCGGCUGUUGGACACGGCGGGACAGCAGAGGCCCUUCUUGGAACUUAAGAUCCGAGCUAAUGAACCUGGAGCAGGCCGGGCCAGGAGGAGGACUCCCACCUGUGAGCCUGAGACCCCCUUAUGUUGUAGGCGAGACCACUAUGUAGACUUCCAGGAGCUGGGGUGGCGAGACUGGAUCCUGCAGCCUGAGGGAUACCAGCUGAAUUACUGCAGUGGGCAGUGCCCGCCCCACCUGGCUGGCAGCCCUGGCAUCGCGGCCUCUUUCCAUUCUGCUGUCUUUAGCCUCCUCAAAGCCAACAACCCUUGGCCUGCGGGUUCCUCCUGCUGUGUCCCCACUGCCCGGAGACCUCUCUCACUCCUUUACCUUGACCAUAAUGGCAAUGUGGUCAAGACCGAUGUGCCAGACAUGGUAGUAGAGGCCUGUGGCUGCAGCUAGCGGGAGGACAGGAAGGUUCUGAGUGAAGUUCAAGUUCGGGGUUUCCCCAGGCGAAAGACUCUUUCUGAUCGUGCUGACCCCCC